AUAACAACAAGUUCCUGCGUUGUUGUGCGUCCGUCUCCUAGUGGCAUUAACAGGAGAAGGUGCAAGUCUCGAAAUCUAAAACCAUGGCCCAGGACAUGACUCUGCUCUGGGGCUCCGGCUCUCCUCCCUGCUGGAGGGUGAUGAUCGCCCUGGAGGAGAAGAAGCUGCAGGGCUACAACCAAAAACUGCUCUCCUUUGAGAAAAUGGAGCACAAGUCCCAGGAAGUGUUAGAUAUAAAUCCCAGGGGACAGCUUCCCUCUUUCAAACAUGGAGACACCAUUGUGAAUGAAUCCUAUGCAGCCUGUUUUUACCUGGAGAGUCAGUUUAAGUCCCAGGGAAACCAGCUGAUCCCAGACAGCCCAGCAGAACAAGCACUGAUGUACCAACGCAUGUUUGAGGGUCUCACAUUCUACGAAAAACUCAAUGCAGUCAUCUACUACGACUGGUUUGUCCCUGAGGGGGAGAGGCAUGACUCUGCACUGAAGAGAAACAAGGAGGCUCUGGCCACUGAACUCAAACUCUGGGAUGGUUACCUGCAGAAGCUGGGCUCAGGCACUUACCUGGCAGGACCAUCCUUCUCACUGGCAGAUGUGACCGUUUUCCCAACUGUUGCUACUGUUUUCAGAUUUGGAUUAUCUGCAGAGCGUUACCCUAAACUGGGAGAGUAUUACGCUCUGCUGAAGGAGAGACCCAGCAUCAAAGCCAGCUGGCCUCCUCAUUGGUUGGAAAACACUAAGGGACAAGACACCCUCAAAGACAUUUGAUGUUUGCUUGCAAGCCACAUCUGCCUGUAGUGCCAUAGUUUGGUUUCUCUACAAAUACUUUUGUAUAGUUUUAACUUACAGUUUGUCAAAUAUGAUCUUCUAGUUUUCUGAAAAAGAAACAGUGUUAAGAUGACUAAUAUGCUGUAAAUAUGUCAUAGUUAUAAGGCAAAAAUGUGGUUCUUAUUUUUUUUUAUCAAACAAACUUUAGUAUUUUGUUCCUGAAAAUUUUCUUUAUGUUAUCUUCCUAUCAAAAAUCAGGCUAUUAAACUGCACUGUUGUUGGCAUAGCAGCUUCCGUUGCCCAGAUACGUGUCAUGUAUAUCUUACAUCAGUAUCCAUUGACUAAUACACAUGAGAGUUGCAAAAGCA